GGGUAUGACGUCGGCGGGCUGACGGCAGACUCCGCUCCGGGCAGGGCUGAAGACGCUCCUCGCCUGGUGGAGGGUUCGCUUAUACACCCACUAGCCUCUUCGACGCCCUCCCAACCGCUUCCAUCUGUACCAAAAUGCCGUCCGGAACAGGCGUCGUCGACGCCUUCAAGAAACCACUCAGCCCGCCCACACGACGACGCCGCGCCAUACGCACAACCCACCACCAGCCCGCCGCCGCGGUCGCGCAGCAGCAACGCCAGCGCGACGUGACGGCUGCCCACCAACAACAGCCACCCCCGCAGCAGCAACAGCCGCAGGCCCAGCGGCAGCAGAAGGACAACGCAAAGUUUAAAGAACAGAUCGAGUCCAUCGUCCAGGAGGAGCGCGAGGCCAAGGGCAAGAUGCCCACCUACAAGGGCCUCGAGAACUAUCAACUGCUCGACAAGAUGGGAGACGGCGCGUUCUCGAACGUGUACAAGGCCAUCGACCUGCGAACAGGACAGAAGGUUGCUGUGAAGGUCGUUCGAAAGUAUGAGUUGAGCGCAUCACAGGCUGGUGAUAAGCAUCUGAACCGCGAGUUCAAAAAGAAACCGCGGGUCACAGAGCGCGCGAACAUCCUCAAAGAGGUGCAGAUUAUGCGGGGUACCAACCACCCGUCAAUAGUGAAGUUGUACGGGUUCUUCGAGGCACCAGACUACUACUUCCUUAUUCUCGAGCUGCUGGAGGGUGGCGAGCUCUUCCAUCAGAUCGUGAAGCUGACGUACUUCAGCGAGAAUCUCGCACGGCACGUUAUCCUGCAGGUAGCGCAAGGUAUUCGGUAUCUACACGAAGAGCGCGGGGUCGUGCACCGCGACAUCAAGCCGGAGAACCUGCUCUUCGAGCAGAUCCCGGUCGUGCCGAGUAAGAACCCACCCCGAAGCAGUUUGAGGAGGACAAGGAAGACGAAGGCGAGUUCGUACCCGGCGUCGGCGGCGGAGGUAUCGGGCGCCAAGGUCGUCUGGGACGAGCAGACAAUGACCCAGAUCGUGAAGGACGAGAGGUAUAGCAAGAGCGUGGACAUGUGGGCGCUGGGAUGCGUGCUGUAUACCCUGCUCUGUGGAUUCCCACCGUUCUAUGAUGAGAGCAUCAACGUGCUCACGGAGAAGGUCGCGCGGGGUCACUAUACCUUCCUGAGCCCCUGGUGGGACUCAAUAAGCACAGCAGGACUUGAUAACUCACUUACUCUGUGUCGACCCAGCCAGCGCUACACGAUCGAUGAGUUCCUCGCACACCCAUGGUGUACCGCGGCACCAGGCCCGCCGCCACCGCCAACUCCCCUUCCCGCCGCCAUGCCCCUCGACUCGCCCCUCCUCGCCUCCGCGCGCAUCGGCGAGGCACAUGGGAUGCGCUCACCAGGGCUCGCGCAGCUUAAGGAGGCGUUCGACGUCACGUACGCAGUGCAUCGCAUGGAGGAGGAGGGCGCACGGAGACGCGCACAGAAGGGCGGAGCGAACCGUGGGUUCCUCAACAACCUCAACGAGGACGACGAGGAAGAGGAGCAGCCACCCACCAUCGCGCGUAGACAACAGCCACAGCAGCAGACUCCAGCUACGGCGGGGCAGGCGGGCGUCGGCGCGGGUGCGAAGGCGGCGGCAAAGCGCGCGGUCGCGGAGGGGUACGACGGACGGGCGGGCCCGAGGGACCGGGGGCGCAAUCGGCAGCAACCAUUUGAGCUGGACAUGGACGGUGCGACGCUGUUGGGGAGGAGAACUAAACGGGGGACCGGCGGGCCCGCGGACGUGAGCAGUCCUCUGGCGAAGAUCCUCCAGCAGCCGAAGGAUCUCAUGGACGUACCCGGGAGCCCGAUGCGCAUUGACUAGGCUCGCUCGGCUUCUGUCCCAUCUAUCCCCACCCCCCUUCCAUGUGCAUGUUGACUGUGACUGUUGUUGUCGCCCCUCCUGUGUCGCCCCGCCCCCUCGCCAUGUUGUUCUUGUUCGUGCCCGCACCCCCCUUCCCAUCAUUGAUUGACUCGACGACGGUCGACGCGCGCGCCUCCACCACCUCCCUCUGUAUUCCCUGGGCCCUGUACGUGUCUCUCAAGCCUCGACUUGACGUGGCUGUCUUUCCUGUUUUCCUGUCGUAUUAUAUCAUACACGGCAUCGUCAUUCC